GCAGAAAUUUUGACGAAUCUCGUGGGAGAGAGAACGCCCAGAUCUGUCGUCAAGCAACCCGGAGAAACCUGAGAGCAAAACUUUCGUAUCCUGGGUACUUCUCAUUAGAGCUUAAAAUCCAAUACGAUUUCUUAGAGAAAAUGCCUUUUACGAGAGUGAUAGAGGUGGAACCCCCGAGCCCUCUUAGAUACCUGAUCGGAGCGGCGAUCAUGAUGAUCGGAGUCGUCUUACCCGUUGGUUACAUGAUGUUUCGAAACAAGCGUGUGCCUUCCUCUUCUUCUUAUUCCAAACAGACGUAGGAACAAAGUUUUGAUAUAGACACACUGAAAUCAGAGAGGCUUUUAGAUAUGAUUCAUGGGUUGUUUAAAGUCUGAAGAAGAUGGAAAAGGAAGAUGCAUCGAGAUAUCGACAAAAUACAAAUGUAAAUGCGUUAAAACUCAAAUCUAUUACUUUGUUUGUGUAUGAUCCCAAUUCAUGUUUGUGAAAUGACAUACAUGUUGUUUGGUGCAGUUUUCCUCAUUUUCUUCAUUAGAUAGUCUAGUUAAUGAAUAUUAUCUUUGUUUUGUAAUUCUCUCUAAUGGCUGGACUAUAUCCUGAUUAUUCUUUUGUGUGAUGGUAAACAUGAGUUUGAGAUUUUUCUUUUUCA